ACUCCUAAAUUAGCCUUUGCCUUCGUUAGCACAGCUCAGCAAAUAAUUGUAUUCAAGAUUAAAUAAAUUUAAAAAAAAAAUAAUAAAAGAAAAUGGUUCUCAAAUUCGUACUUGCAACUCUUUCGGUCAUGUUUCUACUGAUACAAACCAACACUGAAGGUAAGAAAUUACAACUUUAAUGAAUAUAUUAAUAAACAUCUACUUGAGUAAGAAAAUAAUGAAUUUUUAAUUAUUUCUUAAAAUUCAAAUAUUUUUUACAUUAUUAGGCGAGGAAACUUUUUAAAAAGAGAUUGCUCAAAGCAAUUUGACCCUCGCAUUAUUGUUCACCGCUCUAUUAUGACUUCAAAUGUAAAACUUAUUUUUAAAGAAUGAGCUUUUGAAAUAAUUCCAAUGAGUUUUAGUUUUAAAUCGAACUCGGAUAGUAUAAACAUAUAGUGAAGACAAUUCUUUUUGUAUUGUUAAUUUCUCUACGACUUCCAUUCACCUAACGGUUUUAAAAGUUUUAAAAAAUGAUUUUAAAAAAGUAAUAAAUAUAUUUCUAUUUCUUUUAUGCUGCAUUUAAUUAAAAGAAAUCAUCAUCAUCAUCGGUGGCACUAGAGCUCAUGUAGGGCCUGGUCUGCUCCACCUCAACCGUCAAUGAGAAUCGAUCCAUACGUUUAUAUAUUGUUCCCUUUUUCAAAUAUGUAACAUAUGCAUUGCAAAAAUUCAAUUGUCAGGCAUGAAUAGAACUUCCUAAGAUCCCUGGGGAAAAAAAUGAUAAUAUUAAUCACAGUUUACUUGUUUACUUUCAAACACCAUAUAUAUUCAAAUUAUAGAGACGUCGAUAUAAAUAUCCUGCCAAUUUUCUAUACAGUGGAAGCCGCAGUGUUACCAGAUUGCAUGUUUGCGUGCAUCGCCCUCUACGACCCGGUGUGCGGAUCUGAUGGCAAGACCUACGGCAACGGCUGCAGCUUAUCCUCAGCCAACUGUGGCGUCCCCGAGGCCAGUAAGGUCACACUGGCGCACAAGGGCGAGUGUUGAUUCUGGCAGUGAGGCCGUCCCGGUGCACGAUGGAGAGUGUUGGUUCUGGCAGUGAGGCCGUCCCGGUGCACGAUGGACAGUGUUGGUUCUGGCAGUGAGGCCGUCCCGGUGCACGAUGGAGAGUGUUGGUUCUGAACAUCCGCUUUGUGGAAUCGAGAGAAACAAAACAAUGCCAUGGAUUUAAAAAAAAAAAAUUAAUAUAAUGAUGUAAUCAAUAUUUGAAAAGUUGUACACUUUGCCAGACGAAUAUUUAACAGGGAAAUGAAUAACUAUAGGAAAUUUGUAAGAAAUAAUUUUUGAGAUGGAAACAACAUUUGAACGAAAUUUUGUUCGAUAUGAAAUAAUGCCUCAUCUCACAAAAGAAAGGAAAAAAAAAAUAAUUUUAUUUAAUGACAGGUUUUUCCCUAUUUCUUACUGGCAUCGGUCACUCAGAGACAAUUAAUUAAAAUAUAUUUUUUCGAUUCGAAAUUUCAUUUUACACAAAUCUUUGUUCGAACAAAGUUUCGUUUAACUAUUCUCCAUUGCAUGAAUUUCCGGAUACUAAAAUAAAAUAUAAAUGAUCAAAUAA